AGACAGGCAAAGAGCACAAUCCUCUUUGGACAACUACACACAGCCACACACACAUGCAAACAGCCACAAUGUGCCUUUCCCAGGUCUUCAUAUUACUGUCCUUACUGGGGCUGGCAUUCUGUGUGCAAUUUCAAGCUAACAUAAACAUGGCCGGGGUGCUGGGACGGGCAAGAUUUGACUCCAGCCAGGAAACGGUCACGGUGAACAUCACCCGCGGAUCCUGUGGUCCAAUUAACCUCUCCCUACAUGAAUUCCCUGUUAUGUUCGGCCACUUCCGCAUGCCCUGUCAGGAGAUGAACAUUGGAGCAAGAGUCUACACCUUUUCUGUCAGCCAGGCUGUUGCCACCGUUAACGUGUCAAGCCUGUUUGCUCAAUGGCCUCACCUUGACGACCUCUCCCUGGUGGUGGAAGCAUGCAACGGCACAAAGGCCUGCACUGUUGUCCGUCAAAAUAAAAAAGUGAACACUUGGCAGGCCAAGUUUUUUGGAUCUAGUGCUGGCAAUGUUUACAUCCGCCAAACGGUAGGAGACAGUUCUGCUAGAAUCCUGUCCAGCCUGGUUUCCGUCCAAGGCAGUGAGAAUGUUUCUAGCGCAUUUGUGUCACAGAACUCCACGUCCAAUUGUGCAGCCCUUCUGAACGAGCUGGACCAGUCCAGUUUGUCCCGGGUGGGGAACCUUACAGUGGGUGCCCCCGGCCAACCAAUGAAAUCCAGGAAUGAUUUGUCAAAUUUCACCAAAAACGCACUAUUCUUGAUCCUCCAAUCUGGCAGUAAGUACAUGUGUGCCGUGGUCAGGGCGAUGGAAGGGAAGAGGGUGAAUGCCCGUAUUGACAUGAAAGGUGCCAGGGGCUACUUCAGCUUUAGUCAGCCAUCUCCAUUUGACAUCACAAACAUACGAGUGAACUUGACUGGCCUGAACAGUCGAGUCAGUGGUUACCAUGUCCAUCAGUUCCCUCUUCCUCAAAUGAUGUCAACCAGUGAGGGCCUCUGCAGCAACGACAAUGUGGGUGGACACUGGAACCCAUUCCUCUUGAACACGAGUGCUCCUGCAUAUCCCAGUGGUCCAGGUGAGACUCAUGACAUGUAUGAGGUGGGGGACCUCAGCAACAAGCACGGCUCCUUGAACGGCACAGACGACUUUGAAAGCUCCUUCUAUGACUGGAACCUUCCCCUUUUUGGCAGUAACAGCAUCACCGGUCGCUCAGUGGUCAUUCAUUACCCGAGCGGCAGGAGGUUUGCCUGCGCCAGCAUCGGAUACCCAGGAGAAGUGACUGUGGGGAGGUCGGUCUUCACAAGCCCUGUGGUUGGCACCAUUCUCUUCACUCAGCUGAGUGCUAACCCCUACUCAGAUGUAUCUGUGUUCCUGGACCUUUCUCAUGGGAACCCAGCCGCCAAUGCAACUACCGGUCACAACUGGCACAUCCACAAAUACCCAAUCAGCUCGGAGACUGACGAUGGCACAGAUCGCUGUCAGAGCACUGGAGGUCACUGGAACCCCUUCAACGUCAACACCACAGACAGCAGCUAUGCUACAGACUGCAGGCCGGACAAUCCCUUUGCAUGUGAAAUUGGAGACCUGGCCAGCAAACACCAAACUCUGAGCCUCAGUCCUGAUGUCGGACGGGUGGAGAACAAAUACUUCUUCACCGACACAACUUCCUGGAUCUCUGGAAUGAGCUCGGCGAUUGGCAGAUCGGUGGUGAUCCACAGGGAAGACAGAAUGGGGCCCAGACUGGCCUGCGCAAACAUUACUGAUGCACGGCUGCCAUCGGCGCAGACUGGCCCCUGGGUAGGGGUGGAGACAUCCACAGGCCAGAUUCGCUUCGCACAGGAGUCACCCCAGGGCCCGACGAUCAUCAAUGUCUCCCUGUCGAACCUGGCCUCCAGGGCUGGAGGCUACCACGUCCAUGUGCUCCCCAUCAAGGAUGGCGAUGAUCCUUGUUCUAGUGAAAACAUCAUGGGUCACUUCAAUCCCUUGUCAAUCAAUGCAUCCUUGUCUCCGCCACCUGGAACUGGCUCUGUAGACCAAUAUGAAAUUGGUGACAUUGGUGGGAAGUUUGGAUUACUGACAAAUCUGGACCAAAUAAAUGAACAAUACAUGGACAGCAAUAUGCCUCUCUCAGGACCAAACAGCAUAGUUGGCCGUUCAAUAGUCGUUCAUUACCCCAACGGUUCAAGGAUGCAGUGCGCCAACAUUUCUGCUAUUGCCACCUCUGCCGGUCAGCUGGUGACAGCAAAUGCGACGUUCAGCGGCGACAUUGAGGGAUCAAUAAUACUGACCCAGUGGACAUUUCCUGACGGCAGCUACAGUGAUGUCAUUUUGGUGGUUGACAUUCUCUCAUCACAAAAGCGCAGAACUGGUAUGGAUUAUUCCUGGGCUGUUCAUGAAUUCCGGGCAAGUGAGAGUUCCAGUCAAUGCACCGGAGUUGGUGGACAAUUUAAUCCUUUUGGCAUGCCUGCUAUGAGCCCCAGCUGCUCCCCUGACCAUCCACUAAACUGUGAAGUCGGAGACCUGACAGCCAAACACGGAAACUUGAGUUUAAUGCAGAGACAGCUGUUCACAGAUACAACGCUUCAGCUGACUGGGGAUUUCACAGUUGUGAACAGGUCAAUAGUGCUAAUGAACGGAAGUGGGAUUUUGGCCUGUGCUGAUAUUAUGCCAGGGUCACCCUCCACUGAACUCAUCUUCCCCAAUGUGACAUCAUUUAGUAGAGCUGACUUACGCAGAAGGGUUGCCACAGUUCUUAGGGUUGAUCUUUGGAUGGUCACCAUCUUGCCUGGAGCGCUCGAAUCUGCAGCAGGAGGGAGGUGUCAAAGAGCCAGCAUUCUGGUUUCAGGGAAUGUGACCGAGGAAAGUCUAAACUCCCUUAAUGAUGAUCCAAGGAUGGGACCAUUCCAACGAUCUGACCAAUGCUCAGAAAGGUCAGAUUCAAACUCUGGACAGCUACUGUUUCCUGGAAGACUUUCCAUCAUGUUCACAAUAGGUGCAGUCCAGUUAGUGCUCUGUUGGAUUCUUCUGUAGGGCACAGAUAUGAAGAUGCAAUUUUGUCAUCCAGGAUAAAAUAAUUGCAAAUACAUUAAUGUGUGGAGAAAUUAGAUACUAUAUUUGUAAAUAUGCUUAAAUAUGUUUGUUCUUCACUGUAUGCAGAAUGUGACCUUUAUUGGUUUGUAUAAAUCAAUGCUGGGAGCAAUUGUAUAUAUUAAAUGUCAGAAUUUUUACUCUGUUAGGUAAUAGGUACCAUUUUGUUUUAUAAAAGUACUUUAUGCAGUAAUAAUAGAGGAUGUGGCAGAAAGCAAUAAUUAUACUGUCAUGUAAGCUAAAAUGUCCAAAUACAUAGCUAACAUUCUAAAAUGUAUCGUCCUUCUUUGUACUUUUAUAAUGCUUAAUUUCAUGUAUUUAUUUUAAAUGGUCAGGGGUCCAUGUCUGUUGAAAUAUCUCAUAUAAAACACUGUAAUGCAGGGGGAAAUCAGUUUUGUUCAAUGUUCAACAUUAUACCUAAUCUAAUUCUAAUUUAAAUAGUGCAUUAUGUGGCAUUCUGGAAAAACAGUUUGAGCACUUGCCCUGCCAUAUUGAUGUAAAUUCUAUGAACUUUGUAUUUUGGAUAACAUUGAACUCCAGCACAUUGGAGUUGAAAUGAAACACUGAAUGUGAGGUUAAAGUGCAGACUGGCAGUUUUAAUCUAAGUUUAUCUACCUACCUAUCCAGUGAUCCAAGCAGGAAUUGCAAUCCUAUCUAUAGUCCUCCCAAUUCCAAAUUAUUAUUUUAUGACUGCCUGAACUCUGCUAACCAUAGACAUGCAAAUAUCCAAAUUAAAGCCAACAGACUGCAGGCAACUGCACUUUAACCUCAAGGUAUAACAGCUAAAGUAGUUUUAUCUCAUUCAUCUUUUGAUCAAACCAAAUAUCUUAAUGUCGUAUAGCAUAAAUAAAGAAUGGCAAAUUGUACUCUAUCGUUACCAUUGUUUUGGAGGGCACUAUAUUGGUGGCUUCCAAGCUAGCUAGCCAAUGGAACUUGCGUAUAAUCAAUGUAGGCCUACGUGUGACACAUCCAUAUUUAUGGCCAGCUAGUCCAGGAUUGGCCGGGGAGCUGGUUAGGCUCUAUUAUGGUUGGUACUAGUUAUGUGCAUAAGGGUGUAUAAAAAGCGUGGGCGGCCAGGUGUAUUGGUCAGUUAAUUUCUGUCCCGUCGUGCUUUUAAGUGUAAUUCCCUUUGCAUGUUAAUAAAUGAGCACAUUGGCUGAAA